GUAAUCUGAGAGCAACGUCAGCCCCUCCCUCUGUGGUUCCUGAUUCUCAGAGACUUUCAGUUUCACUUCUCUCUUCUGCUGCAGCGAUGGCGUCUGCUGAUCUGAGAAAGGAGCUGGACUGUUCCAUCUGCCUGAGCAUUUAUACAGACCCUGUAACCCUGAGAUGUGGACACAACUUCUGCCGAGUCUGUAUUGAUCGUGUGCUGGAUACACAGGAGGGGUCUGGAGUUUAUUCCUGUCCUGACUGCAGAGCAGAGUGUCAGAAGCGUCCUGUACUGCAGGGGAACAUAACUCUGUGUAACAUAGUGGGGAGUUUCCUGUCUACUCAGUCAGAUCAGGAGGAGACUGAGAUCUUCUGCACUUACUGUGUGGACUCUCCUGUACCUGCUGCUAAAUCCUGUCUGCACUGUGAGGCUUCUCUGUGUGAGAAACACCUGAGAGUACACAGCAAGUCAGUAGAACAUGUCUUAUCUGAUCCCACCAUUGCCCUGGGGAACAGGAAAUGCUCCGUCCAUAAGAAGGUCCUGGAGUAUUACUGCACUGAGGACGCUGCCUGUAUCUGUGUGACCUGCAGUUUGGCUGGAGAACAUCGUGGACACCUGGUGGAGUUGCUGGAUGUGGCCUCUGUGAAGAAGAAGAAGAAACUGAGACAUGUUCUGCAGAAACUGACAAUAAAGCGAGAGGAGGCAGAGAAAAGAGUCCAGAGCCUGCAGGAGCGCAGAAUAAAUGAUCAGGAAAAAGCAGCUGAUGUAACAGAGACAGUCACUGCCCUGUUUAGAGACAUCAGAAGACAGCUGACUGACCUGGAGAAAAGAGUCCUGAGUGAGAUAUCCAGGCAGGUACAGUGCGCCUCACUCCCAGUCUCGGAUCUGAUCCAGCAGCUGGAAAUAAAGAAGGACGAGCUGUCCAGGAAGAUGCGUCGCAUUGAGGAGCUGUGUAAUGUGCCUGAUCCAGUGACUGUCUUACAGGAACCAGACACAGGUGAUUGGUGUGAUGCUGAGGACAGAGAGAGACCUGAUAACCAGGACCGUGGUGUGGGAGAGCUGGAUGUGGGUCACUUAUCAGAGACAUUACACACAUUAUAUGAUAUAAUGACCAGUAUAAAUGAAGGAAUCUAUGUCCAGGAUUCUACUGACAAAAAAACAGCAUCUGGUACAGAAUCAGACAAGGCAAUGUUUGUAAAGCCAGCGGGUAAUGCAGAAUCUGAUAUUAUAACUGGUAUAAAAAUAGGGCUCUAUGUGCACCAACCUACAAAGAUAAUACUGGACAUAAACACAGCUGCUAAUAAUAUAAAUAUACCACAAUCUACCACUGAUAACUAUACAUAUAAGUCUAAGCCUAUAGAACCAACCUGUGCAAAGUGGUCAGAUCAAACCCAGAAUUGUCCAGAUAAACCAGAGAGAUUUCAGCUUUAUAACCAGGUGUUAAGCACCACCAGCUUUUCCUCAGGGCGACAUUACCUGGAUAUGACUGUCAGUGGUUCAGGAUGGUGGAGUGUAGGGAUGAGCUAUCCCAGUAUAGACAGGAGAGGAGAGCAGUCACACAUUGGGUAUAAUGACAAGUCCUGGGCUUUGUGUAGAGGGUGGUAUAACCGGUGUUUACUGAUACAUGGUGGGAAAGAGAUCUGUUUGUCUACCUUUCCCGGUAGUGUGGGAAUAUAUCUGGACUAUGAGGCUGGACAGCUGUCCUUUUAUGAUCCAUCUCAGCAGAUGAGACACUUACACACCUUCACUGCCACCUUCACUGAGCCCCUUCAUGUAGCAUUAUGUAUAGGGAAAGGUGCAAUUAUAUCUGGGACAGUCAGGCCCUGUGAGAAAUAAUCCUAAGAAACACCACCUGAGACCGGUGACAUCACAGGGAGGGGAGGUCUGAUUGGUGAAAUAUGCAGCCAAUAGAAUGAAGCAGUGGGUGGAGCUACAGAUGAUCGCCUCCACUGUAGAAUUACCAGAUAUCCUUUUUCAGUGAUUGGUUGUAAUGACUGCCUGUCAGCUGGUGUAUACCCUAUUAUUGCAGUCAGGCGGUGACUGAGAUAAUGUCUCAUUUAUAACAAUACAAAGUUGGGUUGGACUACAAAUCCCAGCAUGACUCAUUUACUAACUUGAUAUUUGUCUCUUUAAAGCAUAUGCUGCAUGGAAUUGUAGUCCCGGAUUGUGGGGCCAAAUUAUCAAAUAGACCUGAAAAGAACUAUUUUCUACCACUGAUCAUGGCGGCAAUAGAAAAUAAUUUUUCGGGCCAGUUUAACAAAAAUAAAUGUUCGGUGCAGCUGAGCGAGGCUGGGCUCCCCAGUGAUGCUGCCGGGAGUAGUAAGCAGAGACUUGCCGCAUCACUGACCUUCCACACGCAGAGUUCAUCACAUGAAAAAGUAUACAUAAAAAAUAGGACGUAAUGUUAAAUAUAUUUAUACUACUAUAGUUGUAAUAAGCAAAAAAAAUCUUUACUGUAAUCAUAAAACAUUUUUUUCUUGUUUAUUUCAUCACUUUCCUAAGAUUACGAUAAUAUAAAAGGACAGCUUUGGCGCAUGCGCAAUGGCUAACAAUUGCUCUAGUUGCGUUAACAACGGCCUUUUGCGUUCCCAUCUGAAUCUGGCCCAACAUGCGGUAAAUUGCUGCCUUUGCUUUGCAGGAAUACUCGGCGAUGGCCAUCACAGGCUGAUGAGGUUACCAAAUAAACCUGAUAACUAAUAAAUAUUCCCCUAAAGGUGGGUACACACUGGCCGAUAUAUCGGCCGUUCUCUUGAACGGCUGAUAUAUCGCCGGUCCGUCGGCCAGUGUGUACGGGCGAUAUGUCUGUGAACUCCGUCGUUCACAGACAUAUCGCGUCGGCCCCGCAGCACAGCCGACAGCCAGUAUAUAUACCAAUAUAUUGGCGCGUCGCUGUGUGUGUACACGUCCGCCCAGUUCAUGACGUCAGUCCCUGACGGAUCGGGCAGUGUGUAUGCACAGCACACUGUCCGAUCCGUCCAUAGAUAUAUCUGCCGAUCAAUUGAUCUGCAGAUAUAUCUAUCAGUGUGUACCCACCUUAAGAACCUAGAGCAGUCGGUGAACAAUCUAUAAAUAUGGUUUAUAACUAGACUGGAUGAAGGUCCCUUAUUAAGCUUGGUGUCUAUUACCAGGGCCCCACAGCAAAUAUUGUUUUGCAGGGGGUUCAGACAAAGUGGAGUUACAGCACACAUGUACAAUGAUAGUUUGGUGGGCGUCCUUACAUGGUAUUGCCUAAUAAUGGCAGCUUGUUAGAAUAAUAUCAGUUUAUCUUAGAAAUGUUAGUGUUUUGUGUGUAUUUUUGCCUGUAUUUGGUAAUGGCUUUAAUAGAAAUGUAACAAGAUGAGCCUAUCCAACGACUCCCUUUUGGGCCUCACCAAUGGGAUUGUAAUGUGGUAUGAUAAUGUAUUCAUGUGUAAUUUCCUGUUAGUUGGUGUCUAUAUCUGUAGCUGAGAAUAACUGUGUAUGUAAGUUUGGUCUGUUCAGUUCUGACUACUCUGCAUUGAUAAAAAGCCAGUGCCACUUGUUAUAGUAUUUAAAUAAACUUGUAUCUUUGGCACAAC